AUGGCAACUCCAAACCUGGAGAACCAGCUACAGAGUGCCCAGAAGAAUCUGUUGUUUCUCCAGCGAGAACAUGCCAACACGCUGAAAGGCCUGCACGCCGAGAUUCGACGCCUGCAGCAGCACUGCACAGAUUUAACCUAUGAGCUGACUGUAAAGAGUUCAGACUUGUCAGGGAAUGGUAGUUCAAGAAGUGAUGAACUCAAAAGAAAGUGCGAAGAUCUUGAAGCUCAGCUGAAAGUCAAAGAGGCUGAAAAUAACGAAUUACUGAAAGAACUUGAACAAAAGAAUGCGAUGAUAAUGGUGCUGGAAAACACUAUUAAAGAAAGAGAAAAGAAGUAUUUGGAAGAGUUAAAAAUGAAAAGCCAUAAGCUCAACAUGUUGUCAAGUGAACUAGAGCAGAGAGCAAGCACUAUCGCUUAUUUAACUUCUCAGCUGCAUGCUGCUAAGAAGAAGCUGAUGAGUUCAAGUGGGACUUCAGAGGGGACCCCUUCUGGCAGUCCUGUCUUGUCCAACUAUAAGCCUUCCCCUCCCAAAGAUAAACUGCCGGAGACUCCACGGCGCCGAAUGAAGAAGAGUCUGUCAACACCACUCAACCCCGAGUUUGAAGAGGCCUACAGAAUAGGCUCGGAGAGCCGGAAGCUGCUGCUGAGAGAGCCCGUGGAUGCCAUGCCUGAUCCCACUCCCUUUCUCUUGGCCAGGGAGACGGCGGAGGUCCAUCUUAUUAAGGAGAGGCCGUUAGUUAUUCCACCUAUUGCUUCGGAUCGUGCACCCGGUGAAUCGCACAGCCCAGCCCGAGAGAAGCCGCACAAGGCACACAUUGGGGUGGCGCAUCGCAUCCACCAUGUCGCGCCAUCCCAGCCUCAGCCGGAGGUUGAAACGCUGGCAGUGGAUCAGGUCCAUGGAAGCAAAGUGGUCAGAAAGCACUCAGGGACAGACAGAACUGUUUGA